UUCUACUCGCCAAACGUUGUAAUUAACGGACGGAACAUCAGGGCCUCUCUGGGGUUUUUGGGAGACAUAGAAACUGUGUGUCGGAGAGAGGGUUAGUCUCUCGCUCUCUCUCUGUCUCUGUCUCUUUCACUGUCUCUCUGAGCCGAAAAGGAGGAGCUGGAACUUUGCUCCGACUUCUGCCAUGUGCCUCUAGUACAAGAAGAAGAAGCUCGUCGGCCUUGAGUGAAAGUGAGGUUGUAGCUGUGACCGGAUGGCGUGGUCGGAGAAAGUUGUUGAUAAUGGGAGAGAGAGGGACCCAAUUCGGGAUAAUGGCUUCUUGAACGGAUCGCAGUCGUCUCCUAGUACUAGCAGCUCUCUUGUAGGUGUCGCUCCGGUGCACAAGAGGUUUGAAGGGAAAGAUGCCAUUUCUUAUGCUAACAUUCUUCGUUCGAGGAACAAGUUUGUUGAGGCUCUUGCUCUCUACGAGAGUGUCUUGGAGAAAGAUAGUGGUAAUGUGGAAGCUCACAUUGGCAAAGGGAUAUGCCUGCAAAUGCAGAAUAGGCCAAAGGUUGCAUUUGAGAGUUUUUCUGAGGUGAUCAGAUUGGAUCCACAGAAUGCUUGUGCCCUCACAUAUUGUGGUAUUUUGUACAAAGAUGAGGGUUGCCUAGUGGAGGCUGCUGAGUCAUAUCAGAAGGCUCUGAGAGCGGACUCCUCAUACAAACCAGCUGCGGAAUGCCUAGCCAUUGUCUUAACAGAUCUUGGAACCAGCUUAAAGCUUGCUGGUAGCGUUCAGGAGGGAAUUCAGAAGUAUUAUGAAGCACUCAAGAUAGAUCCACACUAUGCUCCUGCAUAUUAUAAUCUUGGUGUUGUCUAUUCUGAGAUGAUGCAAUUUGACAUGGCCCUUAAUUGCUACGAGAAGGCUGCAUUUGAGAGGCCUAUGUAUGCUGAAGCAUAUUGCAACAUGGGUGUCAUUUACAAAAAUCGUGGUGACUUGGAGUCAGCUAUUGCUUGUUAUGAGAGGUGUCUAGCUGUUUCACCAAACUUUGAGAUUGCAAAGAAUAAUAUGGCAAUAGCCCUGACAGAUUUAGGAACAAAGGUUAAAUUGGAGGGAGACAUCAAUCAAGGUGUUGCAUAUUACAAGAAGGCUUUGUAUUACAAUUGGCACUAUGCUGAUGCUAUGUAUAAUCUUGGGGUUGCUUAUGGUGAAAUGCUUAAGUUCGACAUGGCUAUUGUUUUCUAUGAACUCGCUUUCCACUUCAAUCCCCAAUGUGCGGAGGCAUGCAACAAUCUAGGAGUAAUAUACAAAGAUCGAGACAACCUUGACAAAGCUGUAGAAUGUUACCAGUUGGCUCUGACGAUCAAACCAAACUUCUCACAAUCUUUGAACAAUCUUGGUGUUGUUUACACUGUCCAGGGUAAAAUGGAUACCGCUGCAAGCUUGAUCGAGAAAGCCAUCAUUGCAAAUCCCACAUAUGCGGAGGCAUAUAAUAACUUAGGGGUUCUUUAUAGAGAUGCUGGCAAUAUAUCUCUCGCUAUUGAUGCUUAUGAGCAAUGCCUUAAGAUAGAUCCUGACUCCCGAAAUGCAGGCCAGAAUCGAUUGCUUGCGAUGAAUUACAUAAAUGAAGGACAUGAUGAUAAACUUUUUGAGGCUCACAGGGAUUGGGGUAAGCGCUUUAUGCGGUUAUAUCCACAGUACACAUCGUGGGAGAAUCCUAAGGACCCGGAACGACCACUUGUGAUUGGAUAUGUAUCUCCUGAUUUUUUUACUCAUUCUGUAUCAUAUUUUAUAGAAGCCCCCCUCGCCUAUCAUGACUAUGCAAAUUUCAAGGUGGUUGUUUAUUCAGCAGUUGUGAAGGCAGAUGCAAAAACUAUUAGGUUUAAGGAGAGAGUCAUAAAAAAGGGUGGGAUAUGGAGAGAUAUAUAUGGGAUUGAUGAAAAGAAGGUGGCAAGCAUGGUUAGAGAAGAUAAAGUUGACAUCUUGGUAGAACUUACUGGUCAUACAGCUAACAAUAAGUUGGGAAUGAUGGCUUGCCGACCUGCACCUCUCCAGGUUACUUGGAUUGGCUACCCAAAUACAACCGGUUUGCCUACAAUUGACUAUAGAAUCACUGAUUCACUGGCAGACCCUCCUGAAACAAAGCAGAAGCAUGUUGAGGAGUUAGUUCGAUUACCUGAAUGCUUCCUUUGUUAUACACCUUCCGCUGAGGCUGGGCCAAUCGCCCCAACACCUGCUCUUUCCAAUGGCUUUAUUACAUUUGGUAGCUUUAAUAAUCUUGCUAAGAUUACGCCUAAGGUGUUGCAAGUUUGGGCAAGGAUUCUAUGUGCUGUUCCAAAUUCUCGUCUUGUGGUGAAGUGUAAGCCUUUUUGCUGUGAUAGUGUUAGAGAGAGAUUUCUUUCAACACUGGAGCAACUGGGGUUGGAACCUCUACGUGUUGAUCUUCUGCCACUGAUUCUUCUUAACCACGAUCAUAUGCAAGCGUAUUCUCUUAUGGACAUUAGUUUGGAUACUUUCCCGUAUGCUGGAACCACAACAACAUGUGAAUCUUUGUACAUGGGAGUUCCAUGUGUUACUAUGGCUGGUUCAGUACAUGCUCACAAUGUUGGCGUGAGUCUUCUCAGCAAAGUUGGUUUGGAACGUCUCGUUGCCAAAAAUGAAGAAGAAUAUGUCCAAUUGGCACUGCAGUUGGCCUCUGACAUUACGGCACUCUCAAAUUUGAGGAUGUCUCUUCGCGACCUUAUGUCCAAGUCCCCUGUCUGUGAUGGAACAAAGUUUGCCCUUGGUCUUGAGUCAACAUACCGAAACAUGUGGUACAGGUACUGCAAAGGCGAUUUGCCAUCUUCAAGGCACAUGGAAAUGCUACAACAGCCGGCAGUUACUGAAGGGCCAACUAUAAAAAUUUUGGAACCGACGAGGAAUACAAAUUCAAGAGAAAGCCCUCCUGGAUCCAUCAAGACCAAUGGAUUCGGUCCACUUCCACCAAUGCUGAAUGUGUCCACUUGUGAAGAAAAUGGGGGUCAAUUGAAUCAAAAUAUUAAGUCAGGCAAGCUGAGCUGAACUUGAACUUCCCUGACUGUUUCGUCUGUGGCAUUUGCCAAGCUUGGUUUGAUCGGGAGCUGUAUUACCUUUCUUGAGGUUAAACACCUCAGUUUCUGCAGAAACUGAGGCUGGUGGUAAUUAUGGCGGCAAACAAGGGAUAACCUUGCAUAGUAUCAAAUUCUUUGGGGGGAAAGAAUGCUGGCAGUAGCUGGUAAUUAUUUUUUUCUCUUUCUUUUUCUGUGCAAGAAAUAGAUAUAGAGGAAAUGAGAGAGGUGAUGAUGCUGUUAGCUGCUACUUUUAUGUAGCUGUAUUGCAUUUUUUUUUUUAAUCUGAAUUAUAGAAAUUAGUUGUGGCUUGUAAAUUAGUAGGAAAGUUUUAGUUUUUCUUUGGCAUGGCUUGUUUUAUCUGAUUACGAAUUGAGAUGUCCAGUAAGGUAUGUGGCAAUGUCAAACUCUUGAGCUCACCUUCGUGAACAUCAUCAAAUGGAGCCUGCUAAUUUCGAGAAUUA